AUGUCUGACAGAAAAAUCGCCGAGUUCCCUGACGUCGAAAACAAGCUCCAAGCACCUACCAAAAAAUCCCAAUUCGAGCGCCAGAAAGCGGAGGCAGAAGCCAAGCGUCUGCGAGAAGAGGCAGAGACCAAGGCUGUCUAUGAGGACUUUAUAAAGAGUUUCGAUGAUGAUGAGGAUGAAGAACCACCUUCCGCAGGGUUUGGAAGGGAUGAUGGAGGCAGCAAGUUUGGUGGGUUCGGCGGCGCGCCGCCCAGGCGACAAUAUGGCAGUGGACAAGGACUCGGUGUCCCAACUGGUCCUGCAUCUGGAAGAGGCUUUGGGGGAGGCUUUGGUGGUGCGCAGGAUAGAGAUAGGGAUAGAGGGCGAUUUGGUAGUGGGCCGGGGAGUUUAGGACCGCCUCCUCCAAGUUUGGCAAAGAAGAGGACAUACGAUGGGUUUCAGCAGAGAGACAGGAGGGAGGACAGAGGUUUAUUGGCUUUCGAUGAUUAUGAGCCAGAAGAGAUGGCACUAAAGCGGACGCUGAACCAUGAUGAUGACGAAUAUGAGAGGGGUCAAGGGAAAGAGGAAGAGAGAGCGGCUCCCAAGCCGACAUUGCGACUUGCUUCAUUGCCACCCGGCACCUCACCUGCUGGUAUCAAGGCACUGUUGCCGUCGAAUUUGGCAGUUGAUGCUAUCAGGAUAUUGCCACCUUCUGGGCCAGGCGUGUAUUCCGAGAGGAAAUCUAUGUCUGCGAUUGUCACUCUGGCGAAGGACACACCUGCGAAUGAAAUUGACGCAGCAGUCAACGGAUUGCAGCACAAAUAUUUGGGAUAUGGAUACUAUCUCAAUCUUCACCGUCACCUUUCCUCGGCAGCUAUAUCGAGCUCUGCCAGUGUGCCGACACUGGGAAGCUCAAUGCUACAGCACCCUUUCGGCGCAAAGCCGGUAGAUGUUGCAGGAGCUGGCCGAGGACAUGCCCCCCCUACUCACCAGCGAGGCUUCGCACCACCAUCUUCAUAUGCUCCUUCAGGUCCAGGGCAGAUGAGGCAAAGUGGGCCAUUACUCCAUGUUCCCGUUCAGCCGCCGAGAGAUAUCAAGGAACUGAAGCUUAUUCACAAAGUCAUUGAAUCACUUCUUACACACGGCCCUGAGUUCGAGGCUCUUCUUAUGAGUCGGCCAGACGUUCAGCGUGAAGAGAAGUGGGCAUGGCUAUGGGAUCCAAGAAGUACAGGUGGUGUCUGGUAUCGUUGGCGCUUAUGGGAGGUGCUGACAGGCUCACAAACACGUCGAGGGCAGGGCAAGUACUUGCCACUCUUUGAGGGAUCCUCAGCAUGGAAGUCGCCAGAUCAGCCAUUAACGUUCGAGUAUACUACUCGACUUGAUGAAUUCGUUUCAGAUUCGGAAUACAAUUCUUCAGACGAAGAUGACUCUGGAGAUGAGGGAGCAAGACGACAACAUCUCGGAGGGGCAGCGCUUCUGGAUCCAAAUGCAUUGGCAGACGAUGGAAAAGCCUAUCUCAAUCCGCUCGAGAAGGCGAAAUUAACGCAUCUCCUAGCUCGGCUCCCUACCACAACAGGAAAGCUGCGUAAAGGCGACGUGGCUCGCGUCACAGCGUUUGCAAUCUCCCAUGCUGGACGAGGUGCAGAUGAAGUUGUGGCCAUGAUACUUUCGAAUAUUGAGAAGCCAUUCGCGUACAGUUCUGCCAACCCUGACCGCAAGAAAGAAAAUAACACCAGCGGAGACGAUGGUCCCGCUGAGGAUGAAGGAGAAUCUGAUACAAGCGCUGCGAGCUUAAUAGGCGUCUUCUUAAUCAGCGAUAUCUUAUCGUCUUCCUCUACCAGUGGAGUGAGACAUGCCUGGCGCUACAGACAACUCUUCGAAGCCGCAUUGAAACAAAGACACGUUUUCGAGGGCCUCGGUAGAAUGGAACGAAAGAUGAACUGGGGGAAACUAAGAGCCGAGAAGUGGAAGAGAAGCGUCGGUAAUAUCUUGAGUCUGUGGGAAGGGUGGUGUGUCUUCCCACAGGAAAGCCAGGAAUGGUUUGUAAACGUCUUCAACAACCCACCCUUGACGGCUAAAGAGGAGAUUGAUCUGAAGAGGAGAGAAGCGGAAGAACAGGCAGAGAAGGGGAAGAGUCGCUGGAAGACCGUCGAGGUUGCUUCGAAGGAGCACGUUGAGAAUACUGCGGAAGUUGAGGAAGAGGGUGUGGACGGCGAGCCAAUGGCGGAAGAUGCAGAUGUUGAUGGAGAGCCUAUGGCUGAGGAUGAGGAUGUGGAUGGUGAGCCGAUGGAAGAGGAUUUCGAUGGAGAGCCUAUGGAUGAGGAUAAUGAGGCUUCGGCACCUCCAGCUCCUGCAUCGCCUGAACCACCACCUAAGGAGGAAGUCAAACCUGCGCCUGUAGUGAAAGCAGAUACUGCGCCGGUCGGGCAGAUCCGAAGACGGCCGAGAGCCGUGGACAUGUUUGCCGAUUCUGAUGAUGAGGAUACUUAA